UGAAAAUUUCUUUAUAAAAUAUAUUCUUGACAAAAAGGUAAAAUGAAAAUUAGUGAAGAAGAGUUUGAACUCAGCUAUGCUGAUGACAAAUCUAGGAAUAAUGUCCAAAAUAAUUCCAACGAUGCUACUAGGCCCAGUCCUAGCUCUGGAAGGAAAAGGAGUAACCCAUUCCAGGAUCACCAAAACGAGGUGUUCACUCGGAAAAGAAGCAAGCGAAAUAAUAUCUCUGAAUGAUAUUAUGAAGAAUCUGAAUCUGAUGAAAAUGAAAAUGAAAAUUCAAACUAUCGUCAGCAUCUGAUCAGGGAGUAUAACAACAUGAAGAGAGUCUAUGAGGAUGAGAGAGUCACUCAGCAAUCGCAUCUUUACCUCAGAAGGAUGGCUCACGAGACUACUCAAAGGAUGCCAGCGUUAGCUUUAUACCCACUUUUGCAAUUUCUUGUAAAUGCGUCAAAAAUAAUGAUGUUGAAUGAGUACGAAAUCAUAACAUGGGCAUUGUGGCUAGAUGACAUUCCUUUAAUCGAUGAUGAAUUUACUGUCGAAGAAAAGACCCUCUUCUCUGCUCUAUAUGUUAAGGCAACGCUAAACAGCAAUAAGAAAUUAACUGAGGUAUUGCAAGAAUUUCUCUCCCAUAUUGAUAACUUCAUUGAAAAAUUUAACGUGUGGGUCAACAAAAAUUCAGGCUCAUUUCACCCGAUGCCUGUAGCUAUGAAUAGGAAGUAUAUCGAGCUUAGUAGGCCUCAUAAUCCUAAAAUUGAGCAAGAUUUUGUUGAAUACAACCAUGUUGUGGAUGAAAUUUUGGAAGUAGCGCCUCCUUAUACUAAUGAAUCUAAACACGCUCUGAGGUAUUCUGCUCCACAGAUUAAACCGGAAGUUAAGUUAAAAGAAUCUUCUGAUGCUGCUAUGAAUAAUGAUUGGCUUAAUAAGGUUAUGACCAAGUCCAAGACUAAUCAGAAUAGGUUAUAGCUCCAGAUAAGGACGGACUAGAGGGGUCUGUCAACUACCAUCCUGGAGACGCUCAGCAGAGAUUCAAAUACCAGCAUUGAAGAAAUACCUAUAAAAAUUUAGAAAACAGGGAUAGUCCAAAAGGAGGGAUCCAAAACUUGAUAGGAUCGUUUAUGGAGCAUGAGGAGCAUGGUGACAAUGCCCCUCAACAACCACAAAUCAUCCCUAUCGACUCUCUAUUCCACCAAAUGAAAAGCAGUGACAAUUCAAGAAUUCAUGCUCAGGAUAUGUCAAGUGGACAUCAUGAAGCUGAGAUGAAAAAUCAAGCGUAUGAUUUCCUGAUCGAGCGCUUGAAAUUUGGAUCUCACAUAAAGCUAAAUUUUGAUGACCUACCUAAGGAUUACGAUGAUUAUAAAUCAUUUGGACAAGAACCAAGCUUUGAAAGAUCAGGGACUGGAAUCAUAAAAUCUAGCUCAAUGAUACCACUCUUUGAAGGUAGCUCCAACUUCCCUAUCAAGAGAGGAUAAAAC